AUGAUCUGUACACCAGCAUUCUACGUCAUGCUGUUUACGGAUUCCUGUAAAUAUCAACCUUGUUUCAAAGAUUCCUGUAAAUAUCAACCUUGUUUCAAAGAUUCCUGUAAAUAUCAACCUUGUUUCAAAGAUUCCUGCAAAUAUCAACCUUGUUUCAAAGAUUCCUGUAAAUAUCAACCUUGUUUCAAAGAUUCCUGUAAAUAUCAACCUUGUUUCAAAGAUCCCUGCAAAUAUCAACCUUGUUUCAAAGAUUCCUGUAAAUAUCAACCUUGUUUCAAAGAUUCCUGUAAAUAUCAACCUUGUUUCAAAGAUUCCUCUAAAUAUCAACCUUGUUUCAAAGAUUCCUGUAAAUAUCAACCUUGUUUCAAAGAUUCCUUAUAA